AUGAAGAUAUCAAAUACUUUGUUUAAUAUUGCUGCAUUGUUAGCAGUUACAGAAGCUGCCACUAUCACCAAGUUCUUUACGGCCUCAACCCAAACUAUUUUUGUUACCCAAACUAGUCAAACUGUUAUGGCAACCAAAUCAUUUGUUGAAACAGUUUAUUCAGCUCCACCAAAACAACUCACUAGUAAAACUCAAGAUUCUACUGCCUCAACUACUAGUUCCGUUAAUUUACCUACCAGUAGUUCGGCCACCUCAUAUGUCGAAACUACAACUCCAGGUCAAUCGUCGUCUACAUUGACAACUUCCACUAUUUCUUCAUCUACUGCUAGUGAUGAUUCAGAUUCUACACCUACUGCCGAUGUUGAAUUUGCUGAGGAAAUUUUGAAAGAACAUAAUCGUAAGAGAGCACUCCACGGUGUACCUGAACUUAGUUGGAGUAACAAAUUAGCUGAAUACGCUCAAAAUUACGCCAACACCGGAUUCGAUUGCAACAAUCUUAAUUUGAAACAUUCUUCUGGUCCAUACGGUGAAAACUUGGCUGCUGGUUAUAUGGGUGGAGAUAGCCCUGUUGAUGCUUGGUAUGAUGAAAUUUCCAUGGUUAAUUGGAACAAUAUCGAUUUCACUGAAUCCACCGGACAUUUCACCCAACUUGUAUGGCGUAGUACCACUCAAGUGGGUUGUGCUAAAAUGAUGUGUAACACUGCUUGGAGACAAAUUACUGUUUGUGAAUACUUACCUCGUGGUAAUGUCAUUGGUUUGAAUGUCACUUCCGGACACUCAUACUUUGUUGAUAACGUCUUGCCACCAUUGAAGUAA